AUGGCAACACCCAACCAAAAACGAUUUACAAAUACAGGACGAAAUGAACCAGAUACACCUAACAAGAGAUACCAAUUUACUAAGUCAAAUCCUUGGAGUACAAUUGGGACCGGCAAGAACAUAUCCGGAUCUUAUAAACCAAUAUAUCAAAGAAUACCAAAUUACCAGCAAUUUCGAAAUAACUUUGAAAGGAAGUCCCGAACCAUGGUAUCUAGUAAAAAGGUUAACAUACAACCUAGAAAGCCCAUGGACAUUGACCAAAUCACAACUAGUAACGGUGAACCGAAUGAUGAACAAACAAUUACAACAAACCUUCAAAAUAGUGGAACAAAACAAACACUAUCUUCAAGCAAUCCAGGAGGAACAGAUCUUCCGAGAUGUAGAAUCUGUAAUGAGGAAAAAGGCGUUCACGAUUACAAAGAAUGUUCAGACAUUAUUUGUGGAAAAUGUAGAGGACCUCAUCACCGCAGUAAAUGCAACCAAUUCAUCUGUGAACUAUGCGGACAACAGGGACAUCACCAACUAAAUUGUCACCUGACACAAUGUACUUACUGUUACGAAUAUAAACAUAUUGAAGAAUACUGUCCAAAAAGAAUAUUAUGGGAUACCAACCGAAACCAAACCUGUGGAUGCAAUAAAAAAGAAAUAUUAAAAGUGCGAGGAAACUCAUUAAUAAACCCAAACUCCAUAACAUCAAAACAAAAGAAAUGGCACUGUUGUAACUGCUAUCAACCAUGCAGUGAAUCACGACCAAAAUUAGAACCAGUAAAAAUAAAUAAUAAAACUACACUAUUAUACUGCGAAGCAUGUCGAAUUGAAGUAUACCAACAAAUACUAGAUGAAAACACCCCAAAAAAAGAAAUCAUUCGAGAACAAUUAAUAGACUCUGGAAGUCUUAUUACAUGUACAAGUUGUGGAACAGAAAAACUUAAACAACAAAUGGAAAAUUGGGGAGGAUCAUUCUUCUGUAAAAUAGAAGAAAGAUUGGCACACACUAUAGCACUAGAAUUAAUAAACCCAAAUUAUACUUUUGAAGGAAGACUUCGACAUUGGACAGAAUCAACAAGGAAGAAAACAUCAUAUAAUGAAGUAAACCUCACACUAACAAGAGAAAUAUUUGAAGAAAUACGACAAGGAAGAAUAAACCCACAAACAGUAAAUAGAGAAAUACAACCAAACGAUGUAUUCUCAACACCAAAUGGAAUAAUACCACAACAAUUUAUAAACGAAGAAAUAAUGGAUGAAACUGAUGAACAACUAUUUGGGCAACUAAUCUUUAAUGAAACCGAACUCCAAAGGGCAAUAGACAGAAGCUUCGGAGAAGCUAAUCCAAGGGAUAAAACCUUCCACGAGUAUAACAGAAAAUUCUUUAAACAAAUGAAAGGAACUAAUGUCCUAUGUAAAUCAUGCCUAAUGACCAUAGUAAUCAAACAAGAAGAACCAUGGGAAUAUACCAUUGUACAAACAGAAGAAACUGAAAAUCAUCAACAUACAGAAGAAGAAUAUUGUAACCAAUGUCAUAGUAAUUACUACCAUAACCACUGUUAUAAUGAAGAAUUUAAAGGGGAACAAUAUUGCCUACACUGCAACACAGAAAAUGCACUGCGAACUGACAAUGAAAAGGAAAGACAAAUGUGCGAAAAUUGCUUCCAAAUGAACCAACCACUUAAUAAAGGAAAACAACGAGUGAAAACACCGGAACCAAUAGAAUUUCUUGAAAGAAACAAUUUUGCCUCAGAACAAGACUGGAUUCAGAGAGGAUUCCAACACUUCACUAUAGGAAUACACAAUUUAACAGUAACCCUUGAACAAAUACUUAAUAAUCAACAGAUACAAGGAGAAAAAAUUCAAAGAUUAGAACGAUACUUGGAAGAACAAGACUUGCGAAAUUACUCCCGAAUGAAUCAAAUAGCUAGAAGCUUUGAAACAUUGGGAAUCGAAAUAUCCGAAAUAGCGGAGAACAUAAAUGAGCAACUAGCCGAAGAAACGCAUUAUUAUACCAAUGACGCUUAUCAACAAGAAGCAGACCAGUACAGAGAAGAAAUCAUAGACAGACUAUUCCCAAAAGGAUUCUAUAGAAAAAAUCGAAGGAGUAUAGCAGACUUAGAAGAAUUGCCUUCGGAAGAAGAAUUAUUCCAGAUGGGAACAGCACAAUGGUUACAAGUACCACGGGAAAGAAAAACACGGUCACCAACGGUAAAACCAAUUCAAGAAGUACAAGAAAUAUCUGAAAAUGAAUUUAUUAAAACUAUCGGAAAACAGGGAAAAUCUAUAUCAUUACCACCAUCUCCAAAUAAUAUUACUAUCAAUAUUACACAUGAGGCUUAUGCCACAAACUGGCGCCCAUAUACAACAGUCGAUAUGAGUGUUUGGUUCACACUCAAAAUAAUCAAUCAAAGUAUCUAUCCACAUGAUAGAACAGAAACACCAAUAGGAAUUAGAAUAUUAAUCACACCUUGGGGAAGUGAAUUGGCAACAACCAAAGAAUUCUUUCCAGAACAAGAAGAAAGUUACCAACAAAAACUUAGAGAAUUAAUUAAUCUUGAAGGACAAGAAUAUAAACAACAAAUCCUUGAUAUUUUAGAAGAAGCACAACAAAAAGCACAGAACGAAUCUGAGAAAAAUCCAAAAACACGGCAAUACCAGAGAUUAAAUUGGGUAAAAAAUUGUAAAGCCUGUGAUUACUGUGCCAAAAAUAAAAAGAAGUGUGAAUACCAAGACAACCAGGAAAAGUGUAACUGGUGUAUAAAAGAAGAAAUUGAGUGUACAACAACAAGAGUAGACUCACGAACCUUUAAAAAAGAAAAUCAAGAAAAGUGCGAGUAUUGUAAAAGAAACCAAUUAGAGUGCAGAUACGAAGAAAGAAAAAUACGAGGACGAAUACCAGGAAGUAGAAGAUAUAACAAAGAAGAUUUAACAACAGAGAUAGAAAAAGUUAUUAAAGAAGUCAACAAUAUAAUUGCUCAAAGAAACCAAAAAAAGGAAAAGGCAAAGCUUGUAGAUAUUGCAAUCAAAAAAGGAAAAGUGGAAGAAAUUAACAAAAAGUGUGAUUACUGUAUUCAACGAGGAAAGGAUUGUAUCAGAGAAAACACUCGGAAAAAGAAGUGUAAUAAUUGUAAAGAAGACAACAAACCCUGUAAUUACUCUCUGAUCAACCAGAAAGAAAUAGAACAACAAACUAAAUCAAUUGUAGAACUAUUUGAGGAAUACCAAAACGAAAAAAUCUUUCCGGAAGAAACGAAUUUGAACAAACUAUUCGACCAAUUCACUACACUUUCAACAGAAGAUAAUAAUCCUUGGGAACCAGAAAUAUCUAUAGACCCAAUAAUAAGUAACAAAAAGCUUCUACGACCACCACCGGAAUCAAGAAAAGUCUCAGAAGAAGUAUUAAACGGAGAUUUACAAAAUUAUCUAUUAUUACUCCCACGAGAAAGCAAAAUAGUAAAAGAAUAUCAACUACGAACGUGGAUAAAACUAUUUAUACUACAACGGACAAGUACCAAAGAUUUAAACACCUUAAUAACAAACGAAGACUUUGAGGAGUUUCAAGAAGAAUUAACACAAUUCUUAUGUGCACAAGACAACAUAGAUAAAGAAACACAAUAUAUUACCGACGUAUUAAACUCAAAUACUUACCGAGACUGGUACAAUAUUAAGGAGAAAUACCAGAAUAGAAUUGACUUUAUACCAAGACAUUUAAGAGGAAAAAUAAUUAGAUAUAUUGACAUUAUCAGCUUUACACCAAUAACUUACGAAAUAUACAACCCAAACGAUCAAUUGAUAGACCACACACCAUAUUAA